AUGAUUAUGUCUGGUGAAAGGCGUCGUGUGGGGGAGUCUGCAGUACUGUCCCCACUGACAUCGCUGGUCCUGGGUGAGAGGAGUGUCCGUGUGGUGGAUGAUAAAGUCAGCGUGACGGAGCUGGGUGUGCAGCUGGUCUCGGGACUCUCGCUGUCUCUGCAGCUCAGCCCUGGCAGCAACCGAGCCAUUGUCGCCACAGCCACCACACAGGAGGUCAUUGAAUCACUUAAACAGGAGUCCUUCAUCAGUGCUUGGCUGCAGCUCAGUGAUGGCUCCAUGACUCCUCUGGACAACUACAACAUUGCUCACUUCACUCUAUCCGCCACCUCACUGGACCAGAAGGUGGUGACAGUGCAGCAAACGGAUGCCUGGAAAUGGCCCAGUAUUGUGGCCAAAGGAGAAGGUCAGGGUUUACUGGUCCGAGUCGAGAUGAGCCUUUCGAAGCAAUGCCAAAAAGGAAAGAGGAGCACUGUCCUGGGGACUGGGCUAGCCAACAUCCAGGUGAGGCUGGGCCUGUCAGAGGAGUACAGACAGCAUGGGGAGCGACGAACAAGGCCUGAGCCCCCUUAUUAUGGAGGCUCCAUCUCUGACAUGGAACCUGGCUUAAUCAACCGUGGAACUACAACCAUGAGGGGCCAGUCCCCCGGUAGGCCUAAUGGGGGCCGCCUGUCAGCGGACAGCGGAGUCCAGGUCCCAAGUGAGUUCUCUGAGUAUCCAGACCAGGGUGAGCAGCCCCACAGCCACAGCACUGAUGACUUACUGCCGUCACGCACCAGAGGCCUCACAGAUCUGGAGAUCGGCAUGUAUGCUCUGCUGGGAGUGUUUUGCCUGGCUAUCAUGGUUUUUCUCAUUAACUGCAUUUCCUAUGCAUAUAAAUAUCGAAGCAAACAGCUGUCCAUUGAGACGCCAGAGUCCAUGCCACAUGCCCACGAUUGGGUUUGGCUAGGCCAAGACGAGGGUUUGUGUCUGCAGCAGGAUGAGCUGGGCGGAACUCUGGAAGAAGGCAGCCAGCUCCUGAAUGGAGGUCUACAACGCAGCGUCAGUGCAGGCUGUAGCUCAAGUGGAAAAGAUCAUAAGAACGACUCUAUGAACUCUCCCACAACUAAGAGAAAAAGAGUAAAGUUUACAACCUUCUCCAAUAUCAAGGCCAGUAACGGGUGUCCUGUGCUCAGCCCAUUACCAUUGGUACAGACCAGUGAAAUCAAAUGGGUUUGUCCCGACAUAGAGCUUGGGAACUCCAAAGAUCUUAGGAACUACAUGGAUAAGCUGAAUGAGAAUGCAAUUAAGAGCGUUGCAUAG